AUGGGCGGCAAUCAAUCACCGGAGUUCCGGGAAGCAGGUGGACAGCAACGACCCUCACCUAACAGGUCCGACUUUUGCUCUGUAGGUUAUGCGGUUGGGUCUUUGGCGCUCAUUGCAGAUGCCUUUCACAUGCUCAACGAUGUCUUGAGCCUGAUCGUAGCGCUCUACGCGAUAAAGCUCACCAACGCCAACUCUAUUGACUCCCGGUAUUCGUACGGCUGGCACCGUGCUGAGAUUGUCGCAGCAUUGGUCAAUGGUGUAUUCCUCCUUGCGCUCUGUUUCUCCAUUUCCCUUGAAGCCAUCGUCCGUUUCUUUGAAGAACCAGAAAUUUCAAACCCAAAGUUCAUCGCUCUCGUUGGUUCCUUCGGGCUCGCAUCAAACCUUGUUGGACUGUUACUGUUCCAUGAGCAUGUACAUCCCCAUUCCCAUGACCAUAAACACGAUUCCAAGUCGCCCAGCCCUUCCAGCUCUCGCGAAGGCUCAAUUCGGAACAGUGCCACAGGUGCUAGCAAGGAUGGACAUUCGCGUCCUCGUCCCAAACCAAUUCGAACCCACUCUGGCUCUCAAUCACCUGCUUCCCAGGACGAUAUACUUUAUGGCCAUCCUGCUGCUACCCGCGCGUCCCUUGUCCAGACCGCCAACGAGAUUGCUGCUCAAUCGCCUCCGGCGCCGUCACAUGUCCCCUCCUUGUCGCAGGGUCGAGCUUCCAUCGAUUCGCCGGCGACUGCUGGUCAACAACAUGGCCACAAUGACUCUCAGAUUAUUUAUACUACAGACAACCGUACCUCGGUCGACGAACAAUCACCUUUGUUGGCAACUACUCCCGAUGUACCAACAGAAGCCCGCAAGCGUUCACAUGCACAUGGGCAUGGUUCGAUGAACAUGCGAGCUCUCGUUUUGCACGUCAUUGGAGACGCGCUUGGAAACGUUGGCGUUAUCGCAACCGGUCUAGUCAUCUGGCUGACCGAUUGGAGCUGGAAGUAUUACUUUGACCCAGUCAUUAGUUUGGUCAUUACCGUUAUCAUUUUUUCUAGCUCAAUGCCUCUCGUCCGAAGUGCAUCCUUCAUUUUGUUGCAGGGAGUGCCUCCGACUGUCUCCUUGGACGAGGUGAAAGAUGCUAUCCUCGCUGUCGAUGGCGUUAUCUCUCUGCAUGAGCUUCAUGUGUGGCAACUUUCUGAAAACAAGCUAGUCGCUUCCGUGCACGUCCUCGCAUCACGGAAUCACGACUUCAUGCCUAUUGCAGCGAAGAUCCGUAAAGCGCUGCAUCACCUCGGCAUCCAUUCAAGCACCAUCCAGCCCGAGUACCGACUCCCGCCCAACCAAUUGCCCGAAGGCACCCAAAAGGCAAGCCCGAGAGCCAUUUCCAUUUCCACUUCCCCACUUAUACAUCAAUCUUCGACAGAUUUCUGA